GCCGUGGCCCAGCAAGCAGACACUGGCUGAGCCGUACCCCGGAGCGUGUGUGGGGUUGGGGGCGGGGGACGGGGGGCGGGCUGAACGGCCUGGGCAGCCUGGCCUGGACGGGGCGGGGGAGGCCAUGGCCUCGGCAGAGUUGCAGGGGAAGUACCAGAAGCUGGCUCAGGAAUACUCGAAGCUUCGGGCUCAGAAUCAGGUCCUGAAAAAAGGUGUUGUGGAUGAACAAGCAAAUUCUGCUGCUUUAAAGGAACAACUGAAAAUGAAGGAUCAGUCUUUGAGAAAACUGCAACAGGAGAUGGACAGCCUGACUUUUCGGAAUCUGCAGCUCGCCAAGAGGGUAGAGCUGCUUCAAGAUGAACUAUCUCUAAGUGAACCCCGGGGCAAGAAAAACAAGAAAAGUGGAGAAUCUUCUUCUCAGUUGAGUCAAGAGCAGAAGAGUGUCUUUGAUGAAGAUCUGCAAAAGAAGAUAGAAGAAAAUGAACGGUUGCACAUACAAUUUUUUGAAGCUGAUGAACAGCACAAGCAUGUGGAAGCAGAGCUGAGGAGUCGGCUGGCUGAUCUGGAGACAGAAGCGGCCCAGCACCAAGCUGUGGUUGAUGGCCUGACCCGGAAGUACAUGGAAACCAUUGAGAAACUGCAGAAUGACAAGGCUAAACUAGAAGUAAAAUCUCAGACUCUAGAAAAGGAGGCCAAGGAAUGUCGACUUCGAACAGAAGAAUGUCAAUUACAGUUAAAGAAUCUUCAUGAAGAUUUGUCAGGUAGAUUAGAGGAAUCCUUAUCAAUCAUCAGUGAAAAAGUACCUUUCAAUGAUACAAAGUAUAGUCAAUAUAACGCUCUGAACGUUCCACUCCACAAUAGGAGACACCAGCUGAAGAUGAGGGAUAUUGCUGGGCAGGCCCUGGCUUUUGUCCAAGAUCUUGUGACAGCUCUUCUGAACUUUCACACCUACACAGAACAGAGGAUUCAGAUUUUUCCUGUUGAUUCUGCCAUCGACACGAUAUCUCCAUUGAAUCAGAAGUUCUCACAGUACCUUCAUGAAAAUGCGUCCUAUGUCCGCCCUCUUGAGGAAGGAAUGCUUCAUUUAUUUGAAAGUAUCACUGAGGAUACUGUGACUGUCCUGGAGACAACUGUGAAAUUGAAAACUUUUUCAGAGCAUUUAACCUCCUACAUAUGUUUUCUUAGGAAGAUUCUUCCUUAUCAGUUAAAAAGGUACUUACCCCUGGAGGUUUGUGAUUUUGGUUUCCUAGGUACAGAGCCAGAUGGACUCCUUCGGACAAACUACAGUUCUGUCUUAACAAAUGUUGGUGCUGCUCUGCAUGGGUUUCAUGAUGUCAUGAAAGAUAUUUCCAAACAUUAUAGUCAAAAAGCUACAAUAGAGCAUGAACUUCCAACAGCAACACAAAAGCUGAUAACAACUAAUGACUGUAUCCUCUCAUCAGUAGUGGCAUUAACAAAUGGAGCAGGAAAGAUUGCAUCUUUCUACAGCAACAAUGUGGACUAUUUCAUUGCUUCACUGAGCUAUGGGCCUAAGGCAGCGAGUGGAUUCAUUAGUCCUCUUUCAGCCGAAUGCAUGCUACAGUACAAGAAAAAAGCUGCUGCCUAUAUGAAGUCUUUGAGAAAGGUCCAGCAGAGUUUAGAAAAGAUUUCUAAACUGGAGCAGGAAAAAGAACAUUGGAUGUUAGAAGCACAGUUAGCCAAAAUUAAGCUAGAGAAAGAAAACCAGCGAAUCGCAGACAAGCUGAAGAGUACGAGUAGUGGGCAGUUGGCUGGGCUGGCCCAAGACAGUGCUGCCGUGUCGAAUGCUGCUGGCCAGGAUGAAGCCGCAGCUAAGGCUGUGCCAGAGCCCGUUCAGAGCACCAGUCUGAUUGGGAUUUUAACCAGGACAUCUGACAGUGAGGUUCCAGAUGUGGAAUCUCGUGAAGACCUAAUUAAAAAUCACUACAUGGCAAGGAUAGUGGAACUUACGUCUCAGUUGCAGCUGGCUGACAGUAAGUCAGUGCAUUUUUAUGCUGAGUGCCGAGCACUCUCUAAAAGACUGGCCUUGGCCGAAAAGUCUAAGGAGACAUUGACAGAAGAGAUGAAACUUGCCAGUCAGAACAUCAGCAGACUUCAGGAUGAGCUGACAACUACCAAGAGGAGUUACGAGGAUCAGUUAAGUAUGAUGAGUGACCACCUGUGCAGCAUGAACGAGACAUUAUCCAAACAGAGAGAAGAGAUUGACACGCUCAAGAUGUCCAGUAAGGGAAAUUCUAAAAAGAACAAGAGUCGAUAGUUUUCAAAUAGCUGGUUGGCGACUGUUCUUUCCAGAGCUGCUUCUGCUGCACAGAGCUGCAAGGCCGAGACUCCACGUCCAGUCCAGGAAGCCGAAAUGUUGUUGGACCCAGUAAACUAGUCAGUGUUAUAAAUGGCCUUGAGACAUUUAAAAUAUAUUUGUAACCAAUAAGGCAAAUACAGAAUUUGAUGUUGGCAGUACAAUGGAAAACAAUACACAUACCAUGGAUAUUGUAGGUUUCCUUAUGCUGUUUUUACUGUGCACUUUUUAAAAUUAGG